GUGAACAGCACCAGAAUGAACUUUCACUCACUCCGCAGUCUGAUUCAAGCAAUGCAGAGAGUCAGGUGUUUGAAAAGUACCUGGAAGCUGUUGAAAUCAAGCAGCCAAGGAGCAGCAAGAAGACAUUACAGCCAUGGCUCGAUCGGCCUCCUCUUCGACAUCGAUGGCGUGCUGGUGCGCGGUCGAACACCCAUCCCUGCGGCCAAGCAGUGUUUCGGGAACCUCGUGGACCACCUGGGCAAAUACAAAGUACCUGUGGUUUUUGUCACCAAUGCCGGAAACUGCAUGCGGCAGACCAAAGCGGAGCAUCUUUCGCAUCUGCUUGAAGUGGAGGUGUCACCAGACCAGGUGAUGCUGUCCCACAGUCCUUUGCGAAUGUUCUCCCAGUUUCACCAAAUGUGCGUGCUGGUGUCAGGACAAGGUCCUGUUGAAGAGGUGGCUCACAUGCUGGGCUUCCAGAAUGUUGUCACCAUCGAUAAUCUCAGAGAGGGCUAUCCUCUACUUGAUAUAGUGGAUCACAACAGAAGACCAAAAGACAGUAUUCUUCCAACUGAAGGUUUACGGCCAAUAGAUGCUGUCAUCUUAUUUGGUGAGCCAAUCAGAUGGGAGACCAACCUCCAGCUUAUCGUUGAUGUCCUCCUAACAAACGGAAAGCCAGACAGGAAUUGGAAUUCUGUGCAGUAUCCUCACAUUCCGUUGCUGGCCUGUAACAUGGACCUGCUGUGGAUGGCUGAGGCCAAGAAUCCCAGGUUUGGACAUGGUAUGUUUCUGCUGUGCUUGGAGAGCCUGUACAAGAAGGUGACGGGUCAUGACCUCAAAUACGAGGCUCUGAUUGGUAAACCCAGCGUAGUGACUUAUAAUUAUGCGGAGCUGCUGAUCAGGCAGCAGGCUGAGAGACUUGGAUGGGCCACACCUGUGAGGAGACUGUACGCAAUAGGUGAUAACCCCAUGGCUGACAUAUACGGCGCCAAUCUCUACAACCGCUACCUCCGGGCCGCUCGUAAUUCUCUCGAGGCCUCUAAAACGACGUCGACGGAAUCGGGCGGCGCGCCCGGUGUGUUUGGGGCAAGUGCGGAUCUGCCUGAGGCGUGCCACUCCAUUCUGGUAUGUACAGGAGUUUACAGCAAGGAGAAGGCGCUGCCGUCGGUAACCGAGCAGCGCAUCUUCCACGGCCACAGGGACUUUUGCUUUGACCCCAGCCUUACACAGCCGACCUACGUGGUGCAGGAUGUCAAAGACGCCGUCGAGUUGGUGUUCCAGCAGGAGGGAUGGCCCCUGGAUUAGUUGGCCCGUUAAUGACUUUAAGAGGUCGAAACACAAGGGUGUAUUUUUAAAAACGUCCUCUUUUUCACAUUUUAAAGCAAACUUGGCCAUAUGAGAGUUAUUACUACUGCCACUACUCCCAAUCUCAAUCCAGACUAAAACAACACAAACAGAUUGUUCCCAGACAAAAAACAGCUCUUUGAUGGAUUUCUGAAAUCAGAUGCAUAAGAGGAUUUAUAUUUACCCAAUAUAUCAAUGUAAAGAUGACUAUUAGAGGCUUCGGGGUGGGUAAUUGAAAAGGACAAGAGCCCAGAUUUCAACCCCAAACCUCAGAACUGUGAGGUAGAUGGUGUAAGCACUCGAGCACCGCGCUGCCACUGCAGUCUUCCUCUUCACUACACUGAUUUGAUGUUUGCACAUCUGGAUCCUCUCCUGACUUUCGGACUGCUCACCAGACAUUUGCAGUCGUGCCACAUAUAGAGACAGAAAACCACUCUCACUAACCAUUUACACUGUCACUGGAGAAGAAACUGACACCGCAAUGCCUGCACAGACGCCGGGUGCGUAAACCGCCGCGCUCCGUGACAAAUGUGGUUACUUACCUUUGUGCCACACAGUUUACAUCAGAAUUGUUAUAACAGGAUUUAGAUGCAGUUUUCCUACAUUCAGACACACUAACUAAUCUGAACGAAGAUGUAUUUUAUUAUCUCCACAAGCGUCAUCACCCACACCUGACUUUUUUGGGGUCAUUUUUGCAUGAUUGUGUUGCCACAGUUACGCAUACAGGCUCAACAGUCCUUUUGAGUUCAGUCAACUGUUUGGUGAUAUUAUCUUGCAUAAUGUUUAGAUCUGUUAUUACUAAAUCUUUGAAAGGACAUUUCUGAUUGUUGACUUAAUUGUCACGUUCAGUGAUUUUGAAAAAGACAUUAAACACAUUGGUCAAUGCAGUUCAUACGUUCCGAAUGUGGCAGCGGGCUUCGUGCGUGUUGGACCUGUUGCUUUAAUUCCCUCGGCAGCCACUAUCAGCUAGCGUAACUGCUGAAUGUCAGACGUUCCACAGAGGUCAGCAUGCAAAAAAAUAGACUGGGUCCAGUUCUUCAUGACACACACCUGCACUUGGUUAUUUGACAUCUUAUGAGAUCCAGUGUUUCUAAUUGUUGGAACCCUUUCACGAAGUUAGGGUUAUCCAAAAUCUCUGCAUGACGACGCGUUGAAUCGUAAUACCCACCAUUCGAUUUGUGGCCUCAACAAAGCCGUGAAAUGCAACUGUAUUCGGCACUUGUGCACCAAAUACAAAUAUAGAGUAUCGUUCAAAACUUUUAAUUCGUCGAAAAAGGCUCUGGGUGAACAAAUGUUACAUGGAAACUGUCAAAAUAAUCAAGAAUCACAUUCAAAAAUUCCAACAUUAAAACAAGCAAUUAAAUUGUUUAACUUAAUUAAAACAAUACAAAAUACCUUUCAUACGUGACAAUCAUGUUGUGGCGUCCUAGAGGCAUUAAUAGGUCCAAGUUGAUUUACAGUCGAGUUGGAUGAAGCACCGCCAGUGUCAUUUAUGUGUCGAGUUUGUGAUUCUGAAGGCUCUGCUAUGCUGUCCUUUUUUCUUUUUGCUUCUGAGGCUUCUUGCUGGGUGCGCUUUUGGGAGAUGUUUCCGGAGGGGGCGUGUAAAUCGGCUUCCAUGGGAUCGGGUUGUAAAAGCUGGGUGGUGGGUGGAAUGUGCAGGGACCUGCAGCAAAGAUAACGCUCGCAGCUUAGCCAGAAAUACGAAUCUUGAACCACUAUCCGCUGCGAGCAAACAUCACACAUCGGUGUGCAGGUGCUCUGAGUCAAUUAGAAUACUCUUAGGGGGAGUUCACUGUAUUUCAGCAUUGCAAUUCCAAAAGUGAAACUUAUAAAUUAUACAGUCAUUCAACGCAAUAAACUACUUUUCAGAAGGGCAUUCCCCCCCACUAAUGUAAUAUUCUCAUUUCUUGGAGGCGGUACAGUGUGAAUUUGUUAGCCUUAAGCUAAACUCAUCAAAAUAAUAACAACUGUAAAAUAAUUUACUUUGUGUAGUGACUCUAUGAGUUUUUGAAUUGAACUCAACAAAUACAUUACGUGAAGUUUUGUAAUUUAUUUGAGAUGCACUCCACAGACAAUUAUAGUUGCUAACUGCCAGAUCAGAUCGCACUCACUUGAGUAAUGAGGUGCUUUUGGACUUGCUUUCCAUUUCUCAUUGUUUUUUGCCAGCCAUUCCUUGAAGUUCUCCUCCGCCUUCCUCCGGCGCUCUUUCUCCUGCUCUUGCCUCAGACUUGCUUCCUCCUGUUCGAAGACGAUUCUCAUGAGUGCAAAUGAAACCCGUGCCCAAGCAGUAGCUGCAAUGCAGACGUUAAAAAAAAAAAUCAAAAUAAAAAAAAAAAUCGGGUCUUACUUACUUUUUGCUUCAUUUCCCUUUCUAUCCUCUCUUGGUUUUUUUUCUGAAGCCAGUCUUUGUAUUUCUGCUGAGCUUUUUGUUCCGUCUCUCUCUGUUUUUCCUGCCGACGCUGCACCUCUGCUGCUUCCCUGCUGAUUUUCAGAAGCUGAUCGUGUCUUUCCUUGGAAUACAAAAACAUGAUAUCGUCCAAGCAUUUUUUGUUCUAUUGGAUAAAAUAAUUUAGAAAUUACAAUUUGUUCUUGUGAAUUGUGGACUAGUUUUCUACCCGUUCUCUUUUCAGCUGCCGCCAGUCUCUAAUCUUUUUUUCCUCCAUGAUCUUUUUCUGUUUACGGUCCAUUUCUUCUUGUUCUUUUUUCCCCUCGAGUAAAAGCACCUGGUUAAAAAGGACAUUGUGGUUUAAUCACAGCAAAUGCAAAAAAUAAACUACAAAAAUCUUUAUGCUACAAACAAGGUCAAAAAAUAAUACGCUCAAACAGCGUCUCCUGUGAAACGGACGCCCCAUACGGUCUGGUUGCGCAUCCAUUUUCCGUAGGCUUGUCGUCACUGGUGAGCUGGAGCCUAUUCUACCCGACUUUGGACGAGAGGCGGGGCGUGUGUGCGCACUGGACUGGUACCCAGCCGAUCAUAGCGCACAGAUAAAGCGCUAUUCACAGUCACACCUAUGGUCAAUUUACGGUCUUCCAUUAACCUAACGUACGUGUGUGUGUGUUUUUGCGACGUGGGAGGAAACCAGAGUACCCAAAGAAAAACCCAGGCAAGCAUGAGAAUGGAACCCGUUACCCUGGACAUCACAACCAAAUAACCAACUCUGAACUACGAGUUAGUAUGAGAAACACAGCAAGAGCGUGUACAAUGAUUAAACUCCUCGUCCACUUGCCUCCUCGGUUUUCUUUUUCAUUUUAAGAUGGUCUUCUUUUGCUUUGUUGACCAGCCACACUUCCCAUGGACUGAGGGCUUCAGGUUCGAUCUGCGCCGAGGUGGGAUUCUGUCGCUCACAUCUUUAAAAAUAAUAACAACAACAAUAAUAAUAAUAAUUCAAGCAAACACAGCGUCAGAAUGACUUUUAGUACAUUUCGUAUGAUUUCUGUGUGUCUCGUGACACAUAUAGACUCGGGUAAUACCUGAGCGGUUGUUGAGUAGUAGUACUGAGGUCGUCGUCGUCGUCGUCGUCGCUCUCGUAGCUGUCAUGGUAGAUGGGGGACAGCAAGGAGUACGUGUCGUCGUCCUCAGGUAGGACGUCGUCGUCUAUCGGGUAUUCCGAUACGUGGACGUGUUUCCUCUCAUUUUGCUUGAGAGGCGUCGAGCUGAAGUCCUCGGACGCAAAGGCUGGGGAGCUCGGCAGCCACCAACCAGACAUUACUAGUCGA